AUGAAGCACCUCGCACGGAAGCUAAAGGGAGUCUACCCAAACGGGAAGAACGCAGAACUGCUCACUUGGGAAAGUAAAAAGGAGGAAGCCGUAGGGAUGGAAGCCGUCUCAGAGGGGGAGGACAUAGACCUACAUGGAGACAACCAUAUGACGCUUCCCCCCCAGAAUGCUAACCAUCCUAGCAGUGGAAGCAUCAUCAGAGGGACCUCCCCAAUCGGUGCAUUCCCCCUCUGUGCAGAAAAUAACCACACGAGUGUAACCCAUCCAGGUCAUUCGAAUGGUCAACAAAUUGGUGUCCUUUUUGAAGAGGAGAAAAAAAAUUAUCAGUUGGUGAGAGAGAACUCAGGAGAGAAGCAGCCUAAUGGAACCCCCAUGGAGGAAGAAGCAAUAGUCGAUGAGAGUUUCGACGACCUGGUGAAGAAGAAGAAGCAUCCGAUCAGUCAGGUCUGCAAAACCUACCGCCAACUAAACAGACGCCUCCGCACGUUACACGAGCACAACAUGGUGAACCGGAAUUUCCACCUAUCUAAGGACCCGAACAGAAAGAAAAGCGUCAUCAUCGAACUGUACCUGCUGUGCAUUUCGCAAACGGAAAGGAGCCACCGUCGGGUGGAGAAGUGGAAGAGGCAGGUGACCCGCUUGGCCGGGGCUUUGCGCGGGGUUGACUAUUUGCCCUCGUUCAUCCGCAUGAACAGCCGACCGACCAUAACGUACAGGUGGAGAGAUUACAUACAAAUUAAAUCAGACCUGGAUCCUCUACGUGACUAUAAAAACGAACAGACGAAUCAGGAGAUCCUCCCUAUGAUGGAAAUUAUAGCCCUUCCCUACGACACGUUUUUUAGAAAUGUAGAUGAACGAAGAGGCAGCCAAACCAAGCCAAGCAGAAGGUUCCACUUGGAGAUGAAAAAAUUUUGUGCAACGUACAGAUAUCCAGAGGAUGGAGACGAGGGGAAGGGACACCCAACGGAGGGAUUAAAAAGUAGGGAGAGAAAUAAAACGUUCAGUUGGUGCCCAGGCUGA